AUGUCAGCAAUGAAAUCUUUUUCCAUUUUGGUUUACUUUUCACUGAUGUUCAGUGUGAAUGGUAGGGAAUGUAUAGACCCAAAAAUCAUUUCAACAUCUUAUUACACAAGAGAUGCUACAAUUUUGAAACAUGUGGCAUAUAUUUCAAAUUUUCAUGUGAAAUGUAGAAUUGGUGAAAGUGGAAAUUUGUACGCCUUAUUUGGGGGGGAAAUAUCACCAGUAGCUUCGGUGGGUCCCGGAAACUACCAAAUAAGUUGGACAACAGAUGUUAAAACUGCUCUAACAAAUGAUGUUAUCAUAAAUGUGUACAAUGAAAGUGGAUAUACUGCUAUGCGAAAGGCCAAGAGAGCUGGAGAAGAUAUUUCUUUUGUUCCUGUUUUUACCAGAGUCACUGUCAACAAUAGAGGUUUAUAUGUUGGACCAUGGAUUUCAUGUGAACUUUUAGCUGCUGUAUUUUCUAUAGUCAUUGCAUAUAUUGCUAUUCAUUUUAGAACGAAACUUUUAAGUUGA